UUUUACAAGGUUACUGUUAGCUACGUGUUGUUUGUUUACUAUGAACAAAAAAGUAAUAUGCCUGUUUGACGUUGAUGGAACACUUACAAAGCCACGCAAUAUUAUAUCCGAUCAUAUGACUGAAUGUUUGCUUAAAUUGUGCUCUAAUAUUCCCUUGGCUGUGGUUAGUGGUUCCGAUUUCCAGAAGGUUUCUUCACAGAUUGGGACACUCGCUACCGAAAAAUUUUCAUAUAUAUUCUCUGAAAAUGGUUUGGUAGUACACAGUUAUGGUCAGAAAAUUAAAAGCACAAAUAUUGUUGAGCAUGUUGGUGAGGACAUCCUUCAACGUUUCAUCAAUUUCUGUCUCCAGUAUAUGUCAAACCUCUGGCUUCCGAGGAAAAGAGGAAAUUUUAUUGAAUUCAGAAAUGGUUUGAUAAAUGUGUGUCCAGUUGGACGAAGCUGUAGUCAGGAAGAACGAGAUGAAUUCGCUGAAUAUGAUGCGAAACAUAAAAUUCGCGAAAAUUUCGUCAUGAAAAUGCGUUCGGAAUUUCAUUCAAGUCCUUUAGAGUUCGCUAUAGGUGGACAAAUUAGUAUUGAUGUUUUUCCAAAAGGUUGGGACAAACGAUACUGUUUACAAUUCCUGAAAGAUUACGAUACUAUACAUUUCUUUGGUGACAAAACAGAAGAGGGUGGAAAUGAUUACGAAAUAUUCAAUGACCCACGAACCAUCGGACAUACUGUUAUGUCACCGGAAAAUACAGAAGCUCAACUCAAAGCGUUAUUCCCCGAAUAUUGUUAAACAUGUAUAUAAAUAAACACUUAGCAAUAAGCAACGUCAGCGGUUGGAAUAAAAAAAUAUAAGUGCGAAUUUAUUUCUAAAUUUUUUUAUAGACAAAAUUUUAGUUCACACUAGACACAGUUUAGUCUGUUUAUUUGUUACUUUGACCUUUUGUUUAUACUUAAAUAUUACUAUUCUUUAUUGGUCGUUUAUUCUAGUUUAUACAUGAUGAAGAUAUUUUAUAGAACAAUAAUUAUUGCUCUUUAAUAUUGCCACAUCUUAUCUUAUUUUGUCUUUUUAAUUCAUUAGGUUACUUUUCCUGUAGAAACUGUAUAGUAUGUUCUUGUAUUUGUGAUUAGAUAUUAGUUAGUUGAGGUUUUCGUCUGUCUACAGAUUUAUUAAGUGAGUGGUGUAAUAUUGAGUAUGUGAACCCAACUCGGUGGUUUUGUCCGACCAACACUGCUCAUCCCAUCAGUCAGCGACUUCAAAAACUCACUCUACUUUCUAGUUUGGUCACCUCUCAGC